GCCAAUAAAUUUUCUACCUCAGAACCAACAAUUGCGGGUAUUGUGUUGUUAAACUGCUAGAGAAUGGCGUUUCCGACAAAUCAAAGCAUCUUUAGCAACUAAAUUUGCUAUAUUUUGGAAGUGAUAAAGCUAAAUUAGACUUCAACACGAAGAUUUAUUCAUCUUUACAGUAAAGCUCGAUCAUAAGACUUGCAAACUUAAAAGCAAGUUUUGGAUUUGGUCUUCCCUCUCAAAUUACAGUAAGGCUGACUGCCGCACAAGCAUGGCAUAACGAAUAUAACGCACUGAACACAAAUCAAGACGAUUUCUACUUGGAAUAGAUCAUGUUAAUCAUUGCGUAUAUCACAUUUGUUGCACUCCUUGGUGCUGGUGCAUUUAUUCAUCUCAAAUGCAAAACUGCCCAAUCAGAAGAGGCUGCAAUUGCCAACCCAAACUUUAAUGCCUUCCAGGCCACAUACUUCCGUGUUUAUUUCCUUGCAUUAAUGGCCGAAUGGCUCCAAAACCCAUAUUUAUAUAAACUCUACAGCCAUUAUGGCUUCAUUGACACACAGAUUGCCAUCAUCUAUGUUUGCGGGUUUGCUUCAAGUAUGGUAUUUGGAACCUCAAGUGGCUACCUUGCAAAUGCAUUAGGCAGAAAAAAAGCAUGUAUUCUUUUCACUAUUCUUUACUCAAUAAGCUGUCUCACUAAAAUUUCAAGAGACUACAGCGUACUUAUUGCUGGAAGAAUACUUGGUGGGGUCUCUACGUCACUGUUAUUCACAGCAUUCGAUGCAUGGUAUGUCUACGAACAUUCUCAAAGUCAUGACUUUCCUCCUGAAUGGGUGUCGGCAACAUUCUCCAAGGCUACAAUCUUCAACAGUUUGAUAUCUGUAGGAGCAGGAGUCCUGGCUAAUGUCGUUGCCGAUUGGCUUAAUUUUGGACCCGUAGCUCCAUUUAUCAUUGCAAUACCUUUCCUCAUUGGCGCAGGGGUGCUGAUCCAAUUCACUUGGGAUGAGAACUAUGGUGGACGGUCAGCAAAAGUUUUCCAACCGUGCAUGGAAUGUUUGCGUCACAUUGUCCAGAACAAUCGUGUAUUACUAAUUGGAACCGUCAACUCUCUAUUUGAGAGCUCAAUGUACAUUUUUGUGUUUUUGUGGACUCCAGUAUUGGAUCGGCGACACCUGAACCCACCACUGGGAAUUAUAUUUUCGUCAUUCAUGCUCUGUGUCUUGAUCGGAGGCUACUUCUUUAAUUUCACAGUAAGACAGAGGAUAGCGCCAAUAAAGAUGGUGAUUUUGUCUGUAACAAUGGCAUCGUUAGCAAAUGUUGGUGCUGCCGUUGCAAGUGCCAAUCAUCCCAGAACAUCAUUCCUGAUGUAUAUUCUCCUCGAACUUUCAUGUGGGGUCUACUUUCCAGCUAUGGGAUGGCUGAGGCAGAAGAUUCUCCCAGAAGCUCACCAUUCAGGAAUCAUAAACUGGUUUAGGGUGCCCCUAAACACUAUUGCUGCAAUUGUCUUGCUUGCUUUGCAUGACACUCACAGUAGUCAUGGGAUAACAGCAAUUUUUGCAAUGUGUUCAAUUCUGCUGGUAAUUGCUGCUGUUGCAGGGAUUAAACUUAUGGUGUUGACCAGGAAUGAUGACACUUUAAAAUUAAAUCACUUGGACAAUGAGGAAAGCAGGAUUGGACUGUAAUGAAGAGACUUUAAAAUGUUAUGUAAAUCAAAAAUUAAGUAUUUGCCUGAGCGAUAAUUUUGAACUUGAAAGUAGCUCUAUUAUAAGAUUAUUUAAGAUAAAGAUAAAAAUAUUUCAAGUGCAAGUAUAUGGUAAAUACAU